CAUAAAGUUUGAUGUCCUGCCCAAAGUUUGGACCCAACAAGAGGAAACUUUUUUUCUAGACAGUGAACUGCGGAGAUUUGUAGAAAUAUGACUUUUUUUCUAAAAGAUUAUCGACACAAGUUUUGACUUAUCCGACUUCAGAAAAGUAAAACUUUUUCAGCCAAACGCGUUUGGUGUUUUUCGUGUUUUGCGGCUGGCUCUGCUUUUUUUUUUUUCCUUUUUUUUUUUGGAGGGGGUGAGAGUUGCGACCGGACGACAACACUGGAGUAGAUAUGCGCUUUGUUACAUUCAUAAGUAUGCCAUCAGGAAACAACAUGAAAACCAUGCCUUAUACUGCAGAUUUUGACAGCUAACACAUUUUAAAAGAAAAUAAAGUGAUCGAGCGGAAAACUUUAGAAUGACUCUGGAUAACUUUUUCUGAGUGUCGUCGAAAUUUCCAGAUUUCCUGUUGCGUGUCAAAGGUUUGGGAUUGGCUCAGAUCUCUGCUUGUAAGUUUUUAAACGCAACUUUUUCGGACACUUAAAGUUCGCAGAUUGUUUUGGGACAAUGGAUCCGAGCCAGCAUAACCCUCCUGCUGGACACCAAAUUGUUCAUGUACGGGGUGACUCAGAGACUGACCUGGAGGCGCUUUUUAACGCCGUGAUGAACCCAAAAAACACUAUCGUUCCCCCUUCCGUGCCCAUGAGGAUGAGGAAGCUGCCAGACUCCUUCUUCAAGCCCCCAGAGCCCAAGUCCCAUUCCAGACAAGCCAGCACUGAUGCUGGGAGUGGUGGAGUGCUCACCCCCCAUCAUGUACGUGCCCACUCGUCACCAGCAUCCCUGCAGUUGGGAGCUGUUUCUGGUGGCUCCUUGUCUGGCAUGGCCUCAGCAGGAGCCUCUCCUCAACAUCUCCGUCAGUCUUCUUAUGAGAUUCCUGAUGACGUGCCCCUGCCCACAGGGUGGGAGAUGGCUAAGACUGCUUCUGGCCAGAGAUACUUUCUCAACCACAUUGAUCAAACCACCACUUGGCAGGAUCCUCGCAAGGCGAUGCUCCAGUUGAACCAGGCUGCCCCUGCCAAUUCUGUGCCAGUCCAGCAACCGAACCUUAUGAACCCAGCCAGUGGUCCCCUUCCUGAAGGCUGGGAACAAGCUAUUACAUCAGAGGGAGAACUUUACUACAUCAACCACAAGAACAAGACCACAUCCUGGCUUGACCCAAGACUAGAGCCACGUUAUGCACUAAACCAACAGAGGAUCACCCAGAGUGCCCCAGUGAAGCAGGGAGGGCAGCUGCCUCCCAGCACCCACAGUGGAGUCAUGGCAGGAAACAACAUGAGGCUGCAGCAGAUAGAGAAAGAAAGACGACUCAAGCAACAGGAGCUUCUUCGGCAGAGACCACAGGAGCUUGCUUUAAGGAACCAGCUGCCCACCAGUAUGGAUCAAGAUGGCAGCACAAACCCCGUGUCCUCCCCUAUGGCCCAAGAUCCCCGGACCAUGACUGCCAACAGCUCUGACCCAUUCCUUAACAGCGGGACCUACCACUCCAGGGAUGAGAGCACAGACAGCGGCUUGAGUAUGAGCAGCUACAGCGUCCCUCGCACUCCAGAUGACUUCCUCAAUUGUGUGGAUGAGAUGGACACAGGGGACCCACUUCCACCCUCCAUAGCAACACAGCCCAGCCGUUUCCCUGACUAUCUGGAUGCCAUCCCAGGAACAGAUGUGGAUCUGGGCACCCUGGAGGGCGAAAGUAUGGCAGUGGAGGGCGAAGAGCUGAUGCCCAGUCUGCAGGAGGCCCUGAGCUCUGACAUCCUUAAUGACAUGGAGUCUGUGCUGGCAGCUACCAAGAUCGACAAGGAGAGCUUCCUCACAUGGUUAUAGAGAACCUGAGCAGGACGCAUCUCACUCUUCUCCCCACACUCUGAACUUCUGUCUGUUCUGACCUGUGAAGGAUUCAUAGAUGCUUUUACCAGACAUUUCAGCAAGCUUCUCUGGACUUCUUUGCCUCUCAGCAUGUAAGGCCAUCCUCUUUUCUGGCAGUAUUGUUCUGUUCUUUUCACUGGUGUUUUAUCUCUUAAUUUUGUCUGUGUCUUCAAGGCUGGCCUAUGAACAGACAAUUAUGCAAGGAUGCCUAAUUUUUCACAGGCCUGUCAGUGAAUCUAAGGCUUAUUUACCCAGAACAUAGCUGAACUGUGCAGGUGCAUGUAUACUUCUGCAAAGACUGUCAUUAUUGCUUAUCUCCUGGGUCUCUGGAGCCUGCCUUUCUUGCAGUAUAGCAUGAAGCAGCACUACAUCACUGUGUCUGGGACGAUUGCAUUUAGUUUGCUGUAUAUUUGGCCUCGAGUUUUUUUUCAUAUAACAAGCCUGAGAAACCAAAAAUGAUGUAUUUGAAGCAUAAAGAAUAAUACUGAUUUGGAGUAAAGGUAAUGUGAGGCCCAAUUUGGAUAUGUUGGCUUUGCUUUGAGGGGUGGGUGGGGGGGGUUUGAAACCAGGGGACCGACUACAUCGCUGCUUGGCUGUGCCAGCAAGUCUAACUUAAACCUUUGAUCGAUCAAGUGCCUUCAGUUGUAUUUUUUUAUUAAACGCGAGCAAAACAAAUAAUUAGCCCAUUUCUGUAUUACAGCAACAAGCAUAAGGCUGUAUUCAUGAAUAUCAGCCACGUAUUUCUUUAAAGUUCAAUAAUCAAUAUUGUAUUUUAUAAACAGAAGGUGAUUUGGGGAUCUUUUUAACCCUAGCUUCUUUGUAUCUCAGUCUUAUCCAAGCCUAGCUCACAUUUUAUUUGUUUUAUCUUUUCAGAUUUUAUUUUUAACUUUUUACAUGUGUAUGAUAGCUUAGAUCAAAUAGCAUUUCGCUUGUACUUUUCUUUCAUAGAUGAAUUUAAAUCUUUUUAACAGGGUUAACUGUUAAUGCAGCACAUCACUACAAGACGUAGUCUGUCUGAACAUAGAUUCAGCUUUUUUUGUUCCCUUUACUAUAUAUACAUAUUAGUGUUAUUCUAUUUUUGUUGAUCACAAGCAGCUUUUACUAUCUCUGCUAAUCAUUAACCAAAAAAGGCAGAUCUCUAGGCUCAGCAGAAACUAUAGCUCUUUGAUCAAUUCAAGCUUGUGACAGCAUACAGUAUACAUGAGUUAUAAUGUUUGAAACUCUUAUUCAGAGGGAGUUGAAACCUCUGUACAAUGCUGUGUUGAGGGUUUAAAUGAGAAGUGUUUAGACUGUGACUUGGACAAGGAUAAGCAGGUUUGAGAGUCAUGUGGUGUAGAGGGUCAGGGUUUGAGUGUGACACAGAUUUUUUAUUUUUAUGGGUUUUUUUUCCAAUGGAAUAAUCCAGAAACAAUCAGAUAUCUCAGUUAAGAAUUGUGGCAAAUUCCAAAGAUUCUUUUUUCUUUGUAAAGACACUUAACACUUCAUUUUGCUUCUAUCUUCCAGUCCAGAAAUGGUGUGAUUUGUAAAUCAGCCUCUAUAUGAACAAAAAACUGUAUAAGCUAAUGAGAUGAUUUAUGUAUGUUUUAAGUGUUCAUGGACACAUCUGAAUAGGUCUAGCUGAGAUAUUUUCUUUCUGUUUUUUAGUUGGCUGUUUUGAGUGACUAACCCUGAGAUUUUUAAGGUGAGGUUUCAGAAAAGAGAAGCAAGUGAUUCUGCAAUAAGCACUCGCAUGUUUACAUACUUUAACUGCUACAGCCACAGUGGAGACAACACACUGACAACUCUCUCAUAAUCAUGUUAUGUUGAUGUUUACACGAUGACUACAUCCUUGCAUUACUGCAGUAACUUUUAAUAAUCAGCCAGCUGUGCAUGCUCUUGGUUUAGGCCUUGCAAGAUGUCACAAUGAUUCUGUCGCCAGCCAUUAGUAAGUUGGUAGCAUUAACUUGAUGGAACACUAUACAUAUAUGUAUUUUAGAUUAGAGAACAUGAACAAUUUUGUAUUGUGUGAGAAACUUCUUUUUAGUUUGGAUUUUUACUGACCAUUAAAUCAUGUUGAUGGAUUUAAGAAAUGGAUGAACAGUGUUGGUGAGAACAAUGCAACUAAAAAAAGUGGUACACCACAGUGCUUGUAUUGCACAGUUAGAGUUUUCUUAUUAAUGCAAUGAUGCAUUUUGUCACUCAAACCUGAUUUUUAUGCUUACUUUAGUGUGUGAGAGCAUUAUUAGCUGUUGACUCAUUGUAGCAGUAGAACUAAUCGCAAGUUAAAGGAUUUUGUAUUUAGAGUUUUCUAAAUGCACAUAAAAUGAAUUUAUAUUCAGUAAUGACUUCAUUUUUUGAUAGAUAUGUGCAUGUGUUUUGGAUCAAUAAAUUCUGUUACAUUAUAUCUUUCUUCAUAUGAUACUUUAAAAUUGGCCUCAAAUAAAGUAUAUACUUUGUG